GUUCACGCUAAAAACACCAUACAGGGAAGUGUACCUGGGCGUUCUCAUGCGGGCAGGGGACGCGCCUGGCGCGGGAUCGCGCGGGCGCGAACGCACCGCCCCCCAGCAACCCCGCAUGCGCUGACUCGUCUCCCAGCGAAGCCGCGCAGCUUCGCGGGGCCUGGCUCUUCCAAUCGGAGCCCGGCGUCCUCCGAGUGCUUAUCCUGGGAGCUGCGGGCUGCGGGCUGCGGCGGCCGGGAGGAAAGGGGCGGGCUGGGGCGGAGCCGGGAGGCUAGUGAAAGUCUGAAGGUCUGCGGAAGAUGUCGAGCCUCCGGAAGUGGCCGUUUUAAAUAUCGUCUCCCUGGGGUCCGUGCCCUUGUGUCCUCCUUUGCUAUUUGUUCCCCCUUCCUGGGUCCUAGAGUACGUCGGGUUUCAACAGUUUUUGCUCUGACUCCUGCGAUCGGCCUGGGUCUCUUUCUACCACUGAGAUUUGAAGCUGCUCCAGGGGUCUAGGGUGUGCGGUCUGGACCACGGGAGCCCCCUGAGAAGUGCAGAGAUGAGUACAUUCUGGAUGACCCACUGGAGGACUCAGAUGUGAGUCCUUUAGGAGAAGGCCUUUGAAAAUUACCACAAGGUCUUUUGUUUGGGAGUAGUAAUUUGGCCUCUUUGAUUUUAACAUUUCAUUAAAAUCCCUCAUUUAAGAAAAAGGCUCUGAAGAUUCAGAAAUGUCCCUGGACUUCACUUUCUUUCAAACUGAAUUCUGUUCUCCAGAGAUAGGCUCUACAUACUCCUUUUCCAGAUUUCAGCCCAUCUAAUCUCAGCUUGGACAGUUUUAAUCAUUAAUAAAGAAGUGUAUCAAAGAAACAGUGCAGUAUUUUGAAAGGGUUGGAAGACUUAACCAUGAGUUUAAACGCUCCAAGUAAUGCUACUGGUGAUACCCAAAGGUUGAAGAAUGCCUCAUCUGAUGUAAAACAAGUGCUUAAAAGUGAAACAGACUUGGAUAUUACUGCUGAUCUCAGAAGGAAACUCCAUCAUGCUAAGAAAGAAAAAUUAGAGAUAACAGCUAAGCACAAUGCAGAGCUGGCAAGCUGUGAGAGCCAGAUUGCCAAGCUACGAUCUGAAGUUGAAAAAGGAGAAGCCUUUCGACAAAGUCUGGAGUAUGACCUGGCUGUUGCUAGAAAGGAAGCUGGUCUUGGAAGACGGGCUGCUGAAGAAAGAUUAGCAGAGGCACACAGGAUCCGAGAAGAACUCUGUGCUCAGAAUAUAGAACUUCAAGGAAAGACAAAUGAGAUUGAGAAAGCAUUCCAGACUUCCCAACAGAAAUGGAAAGAAGAAUGCAGAAGAUUUGAAUGUGAUUUGGAGGGAAGAGACAAUAUAAUUCAAAAUUGCAAUCGAGAAUAUGAUUUACUUAUGAAAGAAAAAAGCAGACUAGAAAAAAUUCUACAGGAAGCCUUGGUAAAACAUCAGCAAGAGAAGAAUGAGAUGGAGUCUCAUAUCAGAGAGACAGCAUUGGAGGAGUUUAGAUUACAAGCAGAACAAUGGGAAUCUGAAAGAAGAGAGUUACAAUUCAUAGUGCAGGAACAAGAUAGUGCUGUACGAAAUAUGCAUGAGAAAGUAGAAAAAUUAGAAGCUGAACAUAUGAACUGCUCUGACCUUUUACAGCGACAAACAAGUGAACUUGAAUUUAGCACUCAACGAGAGGAACAUCUUAGAAAAGAAUUUGAGGCAACUACUCUACGAGUGAGGAAAUUAGAAGAAAAUAUUGAAGCAGAAAGAGCAGCACAUUUGGAAUCAAAAUUUAAUUCUGAAAUUAUUCAGUUACGGAUUCGAGACCUUGAAGGAGCUUUGCAGGUAGAAAAGGCCAGCCAUGCAGAAGCUGUUGCUGAUUUGGAAAUGAUCAAGAAUGAAUUCAAAGAAGUUGAAAGUGCCUAUGAGCGAGAAAAGCAUAAUGCACAGGAGAGCUUUGUAAAGCUAAGCUUAUUAGAAAGAGAGUAUUUCUCCAAAAACAAGAAAUUAAAUGAAGAAAUCGAGGAGCAGAAGAAAGUAAUUACAGAUCUUUCUAAGAGACUUCAGUAUAAUGAAAAAAGUUGCAGUGAAUUACAGGAAGAACUUGUAAUGGCUAAGAAGCACCAGGCCUUUCUAGUAGAGACAUGUGAAAAUAACGUGAAAGAAUUGGAAGCGAUCUUGGACAGCUUUACUGUGUCGGGCCUGUGGACAUCAGGCAUCCACAAGGACAAAGAUAAACCUCCCAGCUUCUCUGUUGUCCUUGAGACUUUGAGGCGCACCUUGACGGAUUACCAGAGCAAGCUGGAAGAUGCAUCUAAUGAGCUAAACAGCAUGAACGAUGCUAAGGAAAAAGCAUCUAAUGAACUUGAUUCUGCCAAACAGAAGAUAGAAUCUCACACUAAAAAUAUAAAGGAUCUUCAGGAUAGACUGGCUGAUGUCAAUAAAGAGUUAAGUCACUUACGCACUAAAUGUGCAGACAGAGAGGCUCUAAUAAGCACUUUAAAAGUGGAACUACAAAAUGUGCUGCACUGUUGGGAGAAAGAAAAGGCGCGAGCAGCCCAGUCUGAAAGUGAACUGCAGCAGCUUUCCCAGGUUUUCCAUAAGGACACCGAGGAGAAGCUAACCUUCCUUCAUACCUUGUAUCAGCAUUUGAUAACAGGCUGUGUGUUCAUAAAACAACCAGAAGGCAUGCUGGAUAAAUUCUCUUGGUCUGAGCUCUGUGCCGUCUUGCAGGAGAAUGUUGAUGCCCUGAUCGCAGACCUCAACAGGGCUAAUGAGAAGAUAAGACAUCUAGAGUAUAUCUGUAAAAACAAGUCUGAUACAAUGAGAGAACUUCAGCAGACCCAGGAAGAUACCUUUAACAAAGUGGCCGAGCAGAUCAAAGCUCAGGAGAGCUGCUGGCACAAACAGAAGAAGGAACUGGAGCUGCAGUAUUCUGAGCUCCUUUUGGAGGUACAGAAGAGGGCACAGAAAUUUCAAGAAGUUGCUGAAAAAAAUAUGGAAGAAUUGAACCGUACUGAGAAGUCACAUGAACAGUUGGUCCUUGAGAAUUCGCAUUUCAAAAAGGUGUUGUCACAGGCUCAAAAGGAACAAACCUCCUUGUUGGCAGCCUGUGCAUUGAUGGCUGGUGCCUUGUAUCCUCUCUAUAGCCGAUCGUGUGCCUUAUCUACACAGAGAGAUUUUCUCCAGGAGCAAGUCAACACCUUUGAGUUGUUCAAAUUAGAAGUUAGAACUCUAGCUCAGGCUUUGUCAACUGUAGAGGAAAAGAAGCAAGAGGAAGCCAAGAUGAAGAAAAAACCAUUCAAAGGGCUGAUACGCGUAUUCCGAAAAGGUGUUAUUGCAAUUUUGGCGGCAAACAGACUCAAGAUUUUGGGCCAAUCGUGUGUCUCUCUUUUUACUUGGAUGGAAAGUUUCAAAGAAGGCAUAGGCAUGUUAGUGUGUAUAGGAGAGCCCAAAGACAGGCAUAAGUUUCCAAAACAUCAGAAGGAACAGUUGCAUUGUUUGCGGGCACUCGGUUGGCUAACCAGUUCUGACCUUCUUGCUGCAAUUACCACUUCUAUGGCCGAGUUGCAGGAAGCUAUUAGUAAAACAGAUCCAAAUUCCAGAAUUUGUGGACAUUUACUCAUUGGUGCAGCCAAGAAUUCUUUUGCAAAACUCAUGGAUAAAAUUAGUUUGGCAAUGGACAGUAUACCUUUACAUAGUAGCAGGAGUAUUACAUACAUAGCAAAAGAUUCCCUGGUUCGAAGGUUGGCCCAUGGACUUCAUAAAGUAAAUACCCUGGCUCUGAAAUACGGUCUUCGUGGCCAGGUGCCCAUUUUGAGAAGCACAGCAUCAUUGCAGAAGCAAAUACUUGGGUUUACACAAAGACUGCAUGCGGCAGAAGUGGAGCGCCGCUCCUUGCGCUUAGAGGUCACAGAAUUCAAACGAAAUGUGAAUGAAAUGAAAAAGGAGCUUAACAAAGCCCAGGGUCUCCAAAUGCAAUUAAAUGAAUUUAAGCAGUCUAAAUUGAUCACCCAUGAGAAGUUUGAAAGUGCCUGUGAAGAACUGAAUAAUGCAUUACUUCGGGAGCAACAGGCACAAAUGCUGUUGAAUGAACAGGCACAGCAACUCCAGGAGCUAACUUAUAGACUUGAAUUGCAUUCCAGUGAGGAAGCUGACAAAAACAAAACUCUUCGAGAAGCUGUUAAGAGUCUCUCCGAGGCAAAGAUGGAGCUGAGAAGAAAAGAUCAAUCUCUGCGUCAGCUCAAUAGACAUCUUACCCAGCUGGAGCAGGACAAGCGUCGACUGGAGGAGAACAUCCAUGAUGCAGAGAGUGCCCUCCGCAUGGCAGCCAAAGACAAAGAAUGUGUUGCUAAUCAUAUGAGAACAGUAGAAAAUAUGCUUCAUAAGGUCAGAGAUCAGAUCUCGCUGUCACGGACUGCGGCAAGUAGGAAUGACUUCACCCUGCAGCUACCCCAACUGCACCUGGAGACCUUUGCAAUGGAGGGGCUCAAGGGCGGGCCAGAGGUUGUGGCGUGCCAGGGUAUGAUUAAAAGUUUCAUGGAUGUCUACCAGCUUGCAAGCACUAGAAUUGCUACAUUAGAGAAGGAAAUAACAUCUCAUCGAAGUCACAUUGCAACCUUGAAAUCAGAACUUCAUACAGCUUGUUUACGUGAAAAUGAAAGUUUACAAUCAACAGAGUCACGAGACCAUUCAACUCUCUCCAUUCCUUCAAGAGCUGCCCUUCCUGCUGUCACAAUUGGUGUCGGGGAUUUUUUGCCACUAAAAGCUGAACUGGAUACAACUUACAAUUUUUUAAAGGAGACAUUUGUAAAGCCUGCACCCCACGCUGGCACGUCCCCUCAUUCCUCUCCAGCGACCAUGUCUACUAAUGCCAAAAGACCAACUCAGAUUGGAUUAUGACUUUAUGAAAUAAAAAAAAAAUGUGGGAAGAGUUAACAGUACAAUUAAAAUUGUUUCAAAGGGGGGUUUUCAUAUCAGUUAAAUUUUGUUUCAGCACACGUGGCAAUAGGUUUUAAAUUGUAUGAUAUCUUGAUGUGUGCAGAUAUCUGUCUCUUGAAUAAUGAAAUAACCAACUUUUUUCCUUCUAAGUUUUAUUUAUUAUCACAGUUGCUCAUUUUUAUGUAACAUAUUUUUAAAUGUUAAAGAAUGACACAUUUUGGGUAAUUUCCUUCAGACUUAAAAAAAUCAAUAAGCCAUUUUAGUCUCUAUCUAUCAAAGUUGUUUCAUACUUGUCUAUUUUAAAGCAGGACUGCAAUACUUUAAUAGGAUUGAAAGAGCUAUUUGAAAUGUAUGCCAAUGAUUCCUGUCAUUUCAUGGCAGCCCUGCCAUGGUUCACUGAGCCCCCUCUUCUCUCUUGUCAGCUCAACUGAAGACAAGCAUUUAGUUGCAAACUUUAAGCAGGUUGUGCAAAACAGAAAUGAUGUGACUGCUUCUCCUCCUGCACAAUAAUGUCACUCCUGGUCAAUGUGAGAAGGUCAGGUUGCUCCUUGUAAAGCUACAUGAUACCACUUGCCCAUUUGAACAAGUUAACUGCUGAAUCUGGUCCCUGCAGACAUUGAAAACUCAUCUUUUUAUCAAGCCUGCCUGUGAUAAGAAAGUAGAGCAAUUGUGCUGGGAGGAUUUCUGUGGUAUGGUUAGGCGCUUUAUAAGGACAGUUCCCACACCAGUACAGCAGGUAAUACUUAAAUAGUAUAAGCUAAAAAACUUCAAGAUAAUGACUGUUUUGACCUUCAAAAUAGACUCCUUUUUUAUUUUUGUUGUUGGUAGAACCCGAGAGUGACGCCCAUCUUUGAUGCUGACAGAAUUUGAAACAAGGCCAUUGCCCUGUAUUUUCUGCCUUGUAGCACACAAAAGUAAAAUUGUAUGUCAGGCCGAGAUGUCGGGGAGCUGACAAGAUGCCCCAGUGACAUUUCAGCUAGAAAGAGCAAGUGUCUUGCAACCAAGUGGUCAAAUAUCAAAUAAUAGGUCAAGCAGGAAGGAGCUGAGUUCUGACCACAAAGAGGUUUCUGGUAACUUACUUGACAAGCUUUUGGGUGCUUUGUGGCUUGACAAACUGAUGUUCUGUUGGGUUUCACUAGACAGACUGUUCUUUAUCGCCUUGAGAAGAUCAGAUAUUGACAUUGAUUAAACUCUUUAACCCUUAAAGGUUAAAUCUUUGCAGUUUGCAUCAUGAUUAAGUGAAGAACAAAAGAAUAUUUGUAAUAUGUAUUUGUUUUUGUAUUAAUCAGUUAACUCCCUAGUGAUAUAAGCUUCUGAUGUGGAUAAUAACUUCUGACUGUAGUUUUUGAAAAAGACUUUUGAUACGAAAUCCAUAUUUUAUAUUAUUUUUCAUUAUGGGCACAUUAGAAAAUAACAGCAUUUAUUAUGGAAUCUGUAUUGUCUUUACAGUGAUAUUUGAUUCAAAAGUACCCAAUUUCUGAGAAUUUUUUUACUGGCCUUGGUAAAUAAAUUUGUGUACUAUUUAUGUUAUUAGCUGAAUUAGCCAAGUGAUAUAUGCCAUCUGAGGUAACACAGCACUAUUACUGUCAUACUUUGUAGCACAAUACUACUUCUUCAAGUGUUAAGCCAGUAUAAUUAGCUUUAUGUAAAUCUUUAGAAAGCUGUUUAUAAGGAGUAAAGUUACAUCUUUAACCAAAUUUCUCUUAUUUAUUUCCUUGGAAUUCUUUUUAUUAGCCAUUCUGGAUUUUGAGUAUUGCAAAAUAUGCUCUGUGUAAUCUAACGUGUGAAAUUCAAUUUUCAAAUUAUUAUAACACAGAAAAUGCUAUUGAUUGUUUUAUAUAGAUGAUAGAAUGAUUUCUGCACAUUACAGAACAUUUUCUUCUGCCAUUCCAUACAAUGAUGAAAAUGUCCAUAUAGAAGUCAAUAUACAGCUUUUUAGUCCACAUAACAUCACUGAGCUUCCAGUUCCCUCACUAGAAAAACAGUGUUACCCUAUUACUGAUAUUUCUAUGUUUGUGUUGAAUCUAUUUCGAGAUCCUACUAAUUUAAGAGGAAUGAGCACCUUUGUAAGCUCUGUCUUGGACAGACCUUGGUCUUCUUGCCUUAAUUUUAUAAUCUGUUCAUGGGAUAACACCAAAAAUAAAUGUGUAUGUCUCUCCAUA